CAACGUUGGACGGAAUGAAGUCUGAAUUGCCGGGUGGGAUUUGUAUUACUAUUAUUAUAUCGACCUGUAGUAUUUUCCACAGACUUUACUCGGGUGUUUAGAUUAAACAUUAAAUUGUGCAGGUUGAGCCACGUAUCAUGUGGUAAUACAGUUCACACUGGUAUGAGUGCUAUGGCAUAGACGCAUGAAAAACCGUUCAUUGCAGAGGAAUUGUGGCGUGCUGCUGACAUUAUCGCUUCAUACAAUUUUCUGUUUUCAUUUUGUCCGAAUCAUGUCGGGUUUCAGCCCCGAGCUGAUCGAUUACCUCGAAGGGAAGAUUUCUUUUGAGGAGUUUGAGAAACUGAGAGAGGAGAGGAAGGCGAGGGACAAGGAUGCUGAAGGAGGCGGCGGCAGUGAGGAUGAGGCUGAGUUGCCCCCUGUGGAGGAAGAUCUCCCCAGCACGUCCGAAGUGAGCACAAGGAAACGGCGCCGCUCUGCAGGGUGCGAGGAGGAGGGGGUGAGCCGGUCAGUGCAGCGUGCGUUCGCCUCGAUGUUGGGAGAGGGGGGGGACGAGGAGGAUGAGGAAGAUGACGGUGAGGAGGACGAGGAGGGGGAUGAUGAAGAGCAUACUGAGACCCUCUCCGCGGGGGACGUCUUUGCGCUGGAGAUAGAGCUCAACCGAGAGAACAAGAAGAUGUUGAAGGAGAGGCGUCACCGCAGCAAACUGCCCAAGGCUCUGCGUGGUCUGAUGGGGGAGGCUAAUAUCCGCUACGCCCGCGGGGAUAAGGAGGAUGCCAUCACGAUGUGCAUGGAGAUCAUCAGGCAAGCUCCGCUGGCCUACGAGCCUUUCUCCACUCUAGCCAUGAUCUACGAAGACCAGGGCGACAUGGAGAAGUCACUCCAGUUCGGCCUCAUCGCCGCACAUCUCAACCCCAGCAACCGAGAAGAAUGGGUCAAGCUGGCAGAAAUGUCCCUGGAGCAGGACAACAUCAAGCAGGCCAUCUUCUGCUACUCCAAAGCCAUCAAGUAUGACCACAGCAACGUGCGCUACCUGUGGGAGCGCUGCAGCCUGUAUGAGCAGGUGGGGGAGCACAAGCUGGCCAUGGAUGGGUACCGGCGCAUCCUCAACCUGCUGCCCCCUAGUGACGGGGAGCACUUCAUGCAGCUCUCCAGGGACAUGGCCAAGAGCUACUACGAGACUAACGACCUGGUGUCUGCGAUCGGAGUGAUGGAGGAGGCGCUCGCGAAGCACCCCAGUCUGGUCACUGUGGAGGGGGUCAACAUGGCGGCCGAGCUCUACAUCUCCAACAAGGAGUACCCCAAGGCCCUGGAGGUGAUGCUGCAGUUCUGUGGGAUUUCUCUGGAGAGGAUCUCUUGUGAAGAGCAAUGUGCAGAGAGAGAUGAGAGCGAGGAGGUGUGCAGUGUGGAGAUCCCGGAGGACGUGCCUGUGGAUAUCCGGGUCAAGCUCAUGGUGUGUCUCAUCCACAUGCAGAUGCUGAAGCCUCUCGACGUGCUGCUGACCUGUCUGAUGGAGCAGAGCCCCGAGGAGAUGGGGGAUCUCUACCUGGAUGUGGCCGAGGCUUUCCUGGACAUAGGGGAGUACAACUCAGCCCUGCCUCUGCUGAGCGCGCUCGUCUGCUCAGAGAGGUACAACCUGCCCGUGGUGUGGCUUCGGCACGCAGAGUGUCUGAAGGCAUUGGGGCACAUGGCAGUGGCUGUGGAGAGCUACAGUAAGGUGGUUGAGAUGGCCCCUCUGCACCUGGAUGCCAGGAUCUCCCUGUCCACUCUGCAGCAGCAGCUGGGCCGGCCGGAGAAGGCUCUGGAGGCUCUGGAGCCCAUGCAUGACCCUGACACACUGGCACAGGACUCGGGGGCAGCUCAGCAGGAGCUGAAGUUGCUGCUCCAUCGCUCCACGCUGCUCAAGUCUCAAGGGAAGAUGUACGACUACGUGGACACUCUGCUCACCAUGCUCGCCAUGCUGUUGAAGGUCGCAAUGAACAGGGCCCAGGUGUGCUUGAUUUCAAGCUCCUGCUCUGGGGAGAGACACCUGUACCUCAUCAAGGUGUCCCGGGACAAAAUCUCAGACAUUGACGACCAGGAGGCUGCCUACCUAGAUGUGAUAGGUAAGACGAGUGUGCUGGCGAAGGAGGACUGGUGGCAGCUGCUGCUCCGCUCUGUGUACACGCUGUGCGAGCUGAGCCGCUUCAAGGAGGCCGAGCUGCUGGUAGACUCCUCCCUGGAGUACUACUCCUUCUACGAUGACCGACUCAAGAGGAAAGAGCUUGAGUACUUCGGCCUGUCUGCAGCCAUCCUGGACAAGAACUUCCGCAAGGCCUACAACUACAUCCGGUUGAUGCUAAUGGACAAUGUGGAUCGACCCCAGCUGUGGAAUGUUUUUAACCAGGUGACGAUGCAGUCCCAGGACGUGCGGCACCACCGCUUCUGCCUGCGCCUCAUGCUGAAGCACCCUGAGAACCACGCGCUCUGUGUGCUCAACGGGCACAACGCCUUUGUCUCGGGCAGCUUCAAGCACGCCCUGGGUCAGUACGUGCAGGCGUUCCGAGCCCAGCCCUCCGAGCCCCUGUACAGUCUUUGUGUCGGCCUCACCUUCAUACACAUGGCCUCUCAGAAGUUCGUCCUAAAGCGCCACCCUCUGCUGCUGCAGGGCUUCUCCUUCCUGAACCGUUACCUGGAGCUGCGGGGGCCCUGUCAGGAGAGCUUCUAUAACAUGGGGAGGGCUCUACACCAGCUGGGCCUGGUGCACCUGGGCAUCCACUACUACCAACGUGCCCUCACCUGCCCUGCACCACACCUCGAGGGAAUCGAGGAUGACCAGGUCGACCUACGCAGAGAAAUUGCCUACAAUCUCUCUCUGAUCUACCAGAGCAGCGGCAACAUGGUCAUGGCUCGCCACCUCAUCAGCACCUACUGCACCAUCUGAGCCCCGUGUUUCCCUUCCCAGUCGGAGCCCCGUCUCUCCCUUCCCAAUCGGAGCCCUGCCUCCCCACCACGCCGAUAAGACACUUGUACAGAGCUAUGGAGUCUUUCUCUCAGCACAGAAUCACAACAUGCCAUAAUCAUGAAGCAUGCUUCCGAUUUGAUGGAAAACGUAGGAUUGCAUUGAUAUGAGCCACGAAUGUGUCAUCCACAUCCUGUUAAAAUUCCGUAAUUUAUAGUAUAUAUGACAAAAGGACCACAGCAGUUCUAAAACUGCUUCUUUUUUUUUUUUUUAAGGUAUUAUUAUUUAUCUUUCAAUCUAUGCGUAUCUUUUAGACACAUCUCCUUCUGGUAAUUUAAAUAUUGUAAAUAUUUCUAAUAAGACUUCCAGUUGUGUCUCUAAAGGGAAGAUCCAGUGUGCAGCCCUCACCUGCUUUUGUGUGCCAAGCAGAGCCAUCAUAGUAUCACUGGAUGGUCUCUUGAAAUGUGAAUAUUGAAGACAUUUUACUCUUUUGCAGGUGAAAAUAAAGAUUUUGUUUUCUCAUUUUA